ACUUUCCCCCUUAAUUCUCAACUCACCAAACAACCCUCUCUCCCCCCUUCUCUCUCUCCCUCCCCUUUUUCUUCUUCUUGUAAUAUAUUGAAUGUUUGUGCAUGACCAUUUUCAACCACUCACAACACUAAAACACCUUUGAGGCCCAAAGGCUUUGAUCAAUCAAAACCUUUUUUUCUUGUGAGAAAUUUAUGGAGAAAGUAAUAAAACAUGAGGCGUUGAGAUUGCCACCGGGCUUCCGGUUCCACCCCACGGACGAAGAGCUCGUGGUACAAUACUUAAAGCGCAAGGUACUCUCCCAUCCCAUCCCCGCCUCCAUCAUCUCCGAAUUCGAUGUCUGCAAGGCCGACCCCUGGGAUUUGCCAGGAGAUUCAGACAAGGAGAGGUACUUCUUCAGCACCAAAGAAGCAAAGUAUCCCACCGGAAACCGGUCGAACCGGGCCACCGUGUCCGGCUACUGGAAAGCGACCGGUUUGGACAAGCAAAUCGUGGGCACGAGCCGCCAAGUUGUCGGGAUGAAGAAAACACUUGUCUUCUACAGAGGCAAGCCGCCCAAAGGCGGCCGGACAGAUUGGAUCAUGCAUGAGUACCGCCUCACCACCGCCGCCGCCCCGCCGCCCAAGGAAAGCUGGGUUCUGUGCAGAGUAUUUUUAAAGAGGAGGGGCAACAAGGCCGGAGAAGCUCCGGCGCCGGUGUUCUACGAUUUCAUGGCGAAGGGGAGAGCAGAUUUGAACGGUAAUUGUAGCUCUGGAUCAAGUGGAAUCACGCAGAUUUCUUCUUCGGAGAUUGAAGAAGAAGAAGAAGAAAGGAGUAGUUGUAGUAGUUUUCCAUCUACUUUUACAAGGAAGCAGUCUUCUAGUAAUUAAUUUUUAAGUGUAUAAAUUUUCUUUUUCUCCCAA